GGAAAAAAAAAUUCAGCAAAGUAGAGAAGACAACAACAAUGAGGAAGCUCUUCAUCUUCUUCUCCUUCCUCUACACAGUCACAACCCUAACAUUUCCGCCAUUAACAACCUCAGCAUCAACAUCGUGCCGUACACUAUGCGGCAACAUCCCAAUAAGCUACCCGUUCGGCAUCGACGUCGGCUGCGGAUCUCCUCAGUUCAAAGCAAUGUUCAAUUGCUCCACCGAUCUAUAUUUCACCACUCCUUCCGGAAGCUACAAAGUCCAGAGCAUCGAUUACGAGAAGAACACUAUGGUAAUCUUCGAUCCGGCGAUGUCUACUUGCUCGAUUCUUCAGCCUCACCACGAUUUCAAGAUGUCUGAUAUACAGAACGCUCUUAUCAGACCUUCGUACGACACCGUUUUCGCACUUCUCAACUGUUCCAACGACUCUCCGGUUCAUAAUCGUUACCGGAAUCUCUGUUUUAAUGCCGCCGGCCACUCUUGCGACGAGCUUUACAGCUCUUGUGCCUCGUUUCGCAUCUUCAACACUACAACACCCUCUGGUAAUAGUACGGUUCAUACGACGCCGUAUUGCUGUUUCACUAGCUACGAUACGGUGCGGGUGAUGAGUAUGAACAUUUUGGACUGCUCACAUUACACGACGGCGAUUGACAACGGGAAAAUGAGAGGCGUGGCUCCUUUGGAUUGGUCCUAUGGAAUUGAGCUUUCGUACGCGGUGCCGGAGAUUGGUUGUGACCGUUGCCGGAAGUCAGGUGGCACGUGUGGUUUCGACGCCGAGACGGAGAUAUUUCUUUGCCAAUGUCCCGGUUCCAACAACAACCCUACGAGAGAAUGUGGUGGAGGUAUGACUAACCAAGGAGGCUUUAAUUCUACAAACAUAAAUCAUACGAUUCUCUUGAUCAUGUUCAUGUAUUUUGUUUACUCUCUUCUGUGAUAUAUCAUAUAUUCAUAUGUUAAUUUUCAUUUUAUUAAUCUAUGGACUACUUUUUUGGAUUAAA